AUGGCUAGCGGACUUGGCCAACGGCCACUCUCCGAGGUGAACCCAAUGGCACAACGGCGCAACUCUCCCAUCUGGAAUGAAGCUACAAAGUGGAAGACGCCGACUGUCGACUCGCUCGCUUACGAUGUCUCACCGUUGAACAACACUGCCUCCCCAAGAUCAUUCUGGAAAGGUCGCGAUUCUCCGACUCCCUUUUCUAAGGGCUCGGAAAACCUUGCGCCGUACGAUCCCGAAUCUUGCUAUAUUCCGGCGAGGCGCCCAUCACUUGAGGACCUGAAACGCGCAUCCAGAGUCAAGAACCAUAGCAUGCUCCAUGGCGGCCAGGAAUAUGACCCUGCACUCGUCUCCUUACUGCAUCGGCCCUUGGCCACUGAUCGUUCGCCCAACCGCGACAGCCAAAUGAAUCUUGCGAAAGCUCAGUUCACCGACGAUGAAAACGCUAAGCACGCUCCUAGACCCCCUUCGCCCAGCAAAGACCAGCCCUCACCUGGAAAGUCUUCCUUGUCAAAAGGGAGCCGCUAUGGCAAAGGAUUUGACCCCCAGAAUGAUAUUUGGUCGGAGUAUGAUAGUGCUGGUCACCGUCAUGCGAAGAGUGUCACUUUCGAUGCUGCGCCUCCCCAAGUCAACGAAUAUGAGAUGCGCACUCCGGACCCAUCGUCACUGGCGUCCGAAUCACGCGAAAAUAGUUAUGAUUCAGAAGAGGAGGAAGAUGUGAGCUUUGAGCAUGAAUCCUCUGUCGAGCGGGAUGACAGCUUUGAUGCAUCUCUAGAAGAUAUUGAAAAGACACCUGUCGUCCUGCCGGAGGAAUGGCGAUUUAUGAGUCCCGGAAGUGAAAACGACGAAGAAGACUCAUUUGUCGAGCAAGUUGAAGACAGCCAUUUCGAAGAGCGACCAGUCUCGCGUGAGGGAGAAAAGAGUAGCCACAACCGAGUCGAGUCCCUCGAUUCCAAUGGGGAGCGGAGGCCUUUACCGCCAUUACCCUCCGUCUCUCGUUUGUCUGGUUCUCGCCCGUCGUCACCUGGCAAACUUGCAUCUGCGUUUGAACUUGGAAGUGCUGGUCAACGUGUUUUGCCUGCCCCACCCGCGGCAGCUCCAUACUCUAAAGCGGAUUUGAAUGGAGCCAUGUCCCUUGAGGAUAGAUUGCGACUCAUGAUGCUCAAGGAAAAUAAAGACGGCGAAGAUGAGGAGAGCAGGGAAGUCACUGCCGAGACUGGGAUUGCAUCGGGGACAUCAAAACCCUUCUCUCUAGCCACGAACGACGAAAGAAAGACAGAAGAACUGUCACAGGAUGAUGUCUUUUCUCCUCCUCGAAUCUCUAGGGAUUCUAUCCUGAGAGAUAUUCGAAAGGGCGACAGUUAUGAUGAGGAGGAUAGUUUUGAGGACGACUCCCAACUCGAGGACAGCCUUCAUCAAUACGAGCACUACGACCCUGACGUUCCUAUCCCUUCUCUGGAAGCCGAUGAUGACGAUUCUUCCAGUGUCAUCAUUAAGGAAGAGGGCCGUGAUGACGAUCUUUAUGCAAUCCCUGACUAUUACCAGAAUCUCUCGGACAACAGCCUCUCUUCUAGAGACCAGCGAGCCAAGUAUGAUGAGGAUAGCAACUACUCCCUUCGCUCUGCUGCAAAAGCUUCGGGCAACAAUGGCAGCCAGGAAGACCUCUCUGGGCAGACAACCCCAACUGCCGAAGAAGCAACCAACAGCGGAAUGGAACAGGCUGCGCAUAAGCAGCAAGACUCCGGAGAAACCGAGAACAAACCAUUAGACAUGGCUUCUAUCCGGCAAUCCCUCGGACGCCCUGUGACCCCAGAAAUCAAGGAUGAGCCUCUUUCCGAGCCUUCUACUCCCGAGUCCGUUAUUCGCCAUCCUAUAGCAGAUGAUGAGGAAUAUGAGGAUGAAGACGUAACCUCUUCCGAUGAGUCUGUUCCUGAACCUGUGGCCACGAUUAGGACACCUGGAACUGGUCUGAAGACACGCCCAUCGCUGACUCCGGCGGACAUGGAGUCCAUGGCCGCCACUCGUCGCAAGAUCAACAAGGCAACCGAUCUCCCUCCGCAACUUGCACUUCCUUCCAAUCUUACCCAACGCCAGGCGAGCCUAAUGAAACUGGAUAUCCCCUUCAGCAUCCAAGAAGAAAGCCUUGGAUUCGGUUUGAACAAAGAGUUUGAUCGCGUCAUUGAAUCACAAAAGGUUGCUUUUCACCUCGCUCUUUCCCAAUUUUCUUUCCCAACGCCGGUCUCCCAGGCACAAGACCCAACCCCCUCCCAACGUCCCGGAAUUGACAACUCCAACUACGCAACGAAGUUUGCUAACAUAAACCCACGCGGACAGAGAGGAUAUCUCAUGCGACAAAAUACCAAGGUCGUCAUUGCCAGCAACCGAAAUGAAGAGGAACCUCCUCUUCCCGCAGACCAAACGACGCAGGACCCUCGGGGUACUCGAUCUGCGGGUUCUUCCCCGCGCAAGCCCAGCCAGCAGACCUGGACAACGGUUCCUUGGAACGGUUCUGUCCGGAAACCCAGUGUGAAGAUGGCUGGUGGUAUUCCCAAAAAGAAGCCCGUUCCUGGAGCCGUUCCCCCGCUCCCUGGGCACUCGAGCAAUGUGCAAGAGCCACCAGCAGCAAUCGAGGAGAACGAAGUCGCUCUUAACGAUGCAUUUGAAGAUGGUGAAGAGAGAGGCCGUCUUUUCGUCAAAGUCGUUGGUAUCAAAUACCUUGAUCUGCCGAUGCCUCGCGGCGAACGGUCGUAUUUUGCUCUGACCUUGGAUAAUGGCCUUCACUGUGUUACAACGUCAUGGCUUGAGCUUGGCAAAUCCGCUCCCAUUGGUCAAGAGUUCGAGCUUAUUGUACAGAAUGACCUCGAGUUCCAAUUGACGCUGCAGAUGAAGGUUGAUGAAAGCAAAUUUUACCCGCAGGAGAAUGCCGGCUCUCCUCGCCAGAAGGCAUCGGCUCUUAGCCGGGUCUUUGCGUCUCCACGCCGGCGCAAGGAACUGGACCUGAAACAACAAAUGCAAUCUCAACAACAGAAAGCCAACAAUGUCAAUGCUCCUGUAUACGACCGGCUUCGCAACUUGGUCGCUCGUGAUGGGAGUUUCGGCCGUGCUUAUGUUGCCUUGAGUGAUCAUGAGAAACAUGCUUUUGGCCGGCCAUAUACGGUUGACAUUGCUUGCUUCAAUGAAUGGGCCGUGGAUGAGCAGCCCAGCAGCGUGAAGAGCAAGAAGAGUGCGACUAGUAUCACUGCACAACGCCGACCACCUUACAAGAUUGGGAAGCUGGAACUGCAGCUUCUCUUCGUCCCCAAGCCUAAGGGUGGUAAAGAUGAAGAUAUGCCGAAGAGCAUGAACGCCUGCAUUCGGGAAAUGCGUGACGCCGAAAGUGUCGCUGCCCGAUCGUGGGAAGGAUAUCUCUCCCAGCAAGGUGGAGACUGCCCUUAUUGGCGACGCCGCUUCUUCAAACUCCAGGGCUCCAAACUCACAGCCUACCAUGAAACAACUCGCCAACCUCGCGCUACCAUCAAUUUGGCAAAGGCUGCCAAGCUUAUUGACGAUCGUUCAUCUCUAACGCAAAAGGAGACCAGCACUAAGGGCGGUGGUCGCCGUAAGUCCGCCUUUGCUGAAGAGGAGGAGGGCUACAUGUUCGUUGAAGAGGGAUUCCGUAUUCGUUUCGCGAAUGGCGAGGUUAUCGACUUCUACGCGGACUCUGCAGCUGAUAAAGAGGGCUGGUUGAGAGUCAUGUCGGAAGCUGUUGGAAAGGGAUCCACAACCGGCAACGGGGCAAUCAAGCCCUGGGCUGAUCUUGUUCUCAAGCGUGAGCGGAGUAUGAAGUCUAGACCUCUGACCACCGAACGGUUACCCCCUAACCAACCUCCUGCUGCUCCUUCUUCCCCUACCGGGAAGCGCCGGAGUAUGAUCCCAGGACCUCCAACUUCAGCGGGGUCUGGGGCGCCGGCGCCCCAGUCCGCACGUCCAGGACACAAGCACACAUUUUCUCAACCGGAGAUGGGUGGUGCCGAUGCUCGCCGACAAAAGACUCGCUCCCUCAUGUUCUAA